UCCAUUCCAUUCUCAUUUCUCACCAACCCAAAACCCCAAAUCAAACUUAUAGUUCCUCAGUUGUUGUUCUUUCUCUCAACUCUUUCAACCCAUUAGCUAUGCCUACUUUUUCUCUUUCAUCCCUCUCUUUCUUUUAAAUCAAAACACCACCUUCUUCUCUUUUCCCUUCUAUCUUUUCAUAUCAUUAUCAUUCACUAUGGAUCCCGACCCGCUCGCUCUCGACUCCCUCCUCGCCGCCCGCCGUAGCCUCCGCGCCGGCCUCGACAAAUCCAAGUCUCUCUCCGCCGCUCUCGCCCGCGCUGGCCCUCGCCUCGAUGAGAUCCGUGCCCGUCUUCCUUCUCUCGAGUCUGCCGUUCGCCCUGCUCGAGCUCCUCGCGCUGCUCUCUCCUCCGCUGCCUCCCACAUCGACCGCGCUGUCGGCCCAGCUGCCGCUGUUCUCAAGGUUUUUGACGCUGUACAUGGCCUUGAACCGCCUCUUCUUCUCCCUUCCCCUCUUCCUUCCCCGCUUUCUUCCUAUCUUUCUCUCCUCUCUCGCCUUCAGGAAGCCUUGCGGUUCCUCUCCGAUAACUCCCCUCUCGCUCUCCAAUGGCUUGAUGAUAUCCUUGACUACUUGUCUGACCACUCCCUCGCUGACCCGCCGUUCCUCUCCGGGCUCCAGUCGCUGCUGGCUUCGCUUCGCGACUCCAAAGCCCCACUUGAUGCCGGCCUGCUCGAUGCCGUCCUCGCCAAGCUCCUCUCCGAGUUCCGCCGCCUUCUUUCUGACCACUCCAACCCUCUCCCUAUGAACCCUAACCCUAACCCUAGUGCUGCUGCCUCGAUUGCCCCUUCCCCUCUCCCUGUCCCUGUUAUCCACUCUCUCACCUCCAUCCUUAACCGCAUGAUCUCCCAUGGCCGCCUUGACGAUUGCGUCUCCGCUUUCAUCGACGUCCGUGGCUCCACCGCCCGCGCCGCCCUUGACGCCCUCGGCCUCGACUACCUCCGCAUCGGCCCUGCCGACUUCGAUGACGUCCAGAGCAUCGAGGCUGAUAUUGGGAAAUGGGGCCGCCAUCUCGAGUUUGCCGUGAAACACCUUCUUGAUGCUGAGUACCGGCUUUGCCAUGAGGUUAUGGAGAACGCUGGCGUGCCGGAGCUGCCUUCCAAGUGCUUCUUGGAAAUCGCUGAUCGGGCCGGGUUUAGAUCUUUCCUCAACUUUGGGAUGACUGUCACCGAGAGCAAGAAGGAUCCAAUCAAGCUCUUGAAACUGCUGGAUAUCUUUGCAUCGCUGAACAAACUAAGAUUGGAUUUCAAUCGGUUGUUUGGGGGGAAAGCUUGUGUAGAGAUCCAGAACCUCACUAGGGACUUGAUCAAGAGAGUCAUUGAUGGUGCUUGUGACAUUUUCUGGGAGCUUUUGGUGCAGGUGGAAUUGCAGAGGAGCUCGCCUCCACCGCCUGAUGGCAGAGUGCCGAGACUUGUGACUUUCAUCACCGAUUACUGUGAUAGGCUACUCGGAGAGGACUACCGGCCGGUUCUCACCCAGGUCUUGGUCAUCCACAGGAGCUGGAAACAAGAGAAGUUCCAAGACAGGCUCCUUCUUGAUGCCAUUUUGAAUAUAAUCAAAGCUUUAGAGGCAAAUUUUGAUGCUUGGUCCAAGGGCUAUGAGGAUGUAACAUUGUCCUAUCUCUUCAUGAUGAACACACAUUGGCAUUUCUACAAGCAGUUGAAGGGGACGAAGCUCGGAGAGCUAUUGGGGGAUGUGUGGCUGAGGGAGCAUGAGCAGUAUAAGGAGUAUUAUGCGGCCGUGUUCUUGAGGGAGACUUGGGGGAAGCUGCCCGGAUUGUUGAGUAGGGAUGGCUUGAUUUUGUUCUCUGGAGGGAGAGCUACUGCCAGAGAUCUGGUGAAGAAGAGAUUGAAGGCUUUCAAUGAGACACUGGAUGCGAUGUAUCAGAAGCAGUCUAAUUGGGUGGUGACUGAUAAGGAGUUGAGGGAGAAGACUUGUAAUUUGGUGGUGCAGGCCAUUGUCCCGGCUUAUAGAAGCUAUAUGCAGAAUUAUGGGCCAUUGGUGGAGCAAGAUGCAAGUGCGAGCAAGUAUGCCAAGUACACAGCACAAUCACUGGAGAAGAUGCUUGGAUCCCUUUUCCAACAUAAGCCAGUCAAGUCUGUGAGCUUCAGGGUCAGCCACUCAAAUGGGAAAGUUGACAGUGUUGUGUCUAGCCAAUACCGAUCCGCUCCAACUGUAGUGUGAGGCAGAAUCCUCAACUAUUUGGUGGAAAGAGAUGGACAAGCUCCUCUCAUGAAAAUUGGGCAAGUUGGGGCCAAUAAGAACUGCCACCAGCACGGGAAGCAAGAUGAAGUUGUUCGCUACCUUCUUUGUCUAGUAAAAACUAAAGAUUUGAAUGAGAGCAUGAACUUCUCAAUAGCAAAUGGUGGAUCAUGGCCGUAGGAUCUGGAUCCUCAACAAAAUUUUGUGGUAGAAAUUAUAUAUAACGUGCUAUGUUGGAUAUAAUGCUUUCUCGGUUACUCCCCCGUUUUUAUAUCUUCUCAUCUUCUCUUCUCAAGCUUUGACUCAUUCAUUUUAGGCAUUGAAUUAGGAUUGGGGGAACGUAAGUAUCUGUAUUGUGCAUUUACAUGUGUAAAAUCAUUUAUAAUGACAUGCAUUGUAGAAUUGUUUCUUCACAUUCUUUGUUCGUAAGAUGUUAUAAAUUUUAAGACUU